AUGGCAGUCAGCAUAUUGCGCCCUUUACCACCAACCCAGACAGAUGGAUUUGGAGGUAUCCUCCCCCCCUCCCCGCGUUAUAUGAUUAUAUUUCCAAUUGCUUUAUCAGACAACAGUUCCUGGUAUGUGACUAACGCAUAUGGCAGUAACCACGGAAGCGCUAUGGGAGCGUUCACUAUUCUCCACGCCUCUAUUACAGAAUACUUGAUAUUCUACGGCACUCCUAUCUAUUCCAACGGACAUUCUGGCCUUCACCUAGCUGAUGACUACUUUGUCAUUCUCAAUGGCACAGAAAAGGCCUAUAGACCAGGACAGCUGGAGGCCACCACAUACUGGCCUGGAGAUGUCAACCACUUGCCCAGAGGACAGUCAAUUCAUUAUGCCAUGGAUGGGUGGGCUUUAGAGUUGGCGCAAGGUUGGAUUCCAAGCAUGCUUCCGUUCGGACUGGUGGAGUCAUUUACUAGCAACCUUGACUUUGUCAAUCUUUGGAAGACUUGCUACUUGACUGCGGAGCUGAUGGGGAGACAGCUGGGAGUUGGAAAAUUUUGA